CUCAACUAUUCUCUGAGGUUUAUAUAAAUUCUUCAUUGCGGGCUGCGUAGUCCUCGUGACAUAUUAAUCCGAUAAUAUAUGUAUACCACCACAGCAUCACUCGGCCAGACAGCUGAGAGACGACCGUGGAAAUAUGUAGGCUACCGCGGGUUCUGCGAAUUUGUCGACUCCGACCAUGACUUCUUUUUAUUACGUCGCUUUGGUAACUUGAGUGUUCGAAUUCUCCUCGCUCUUCAGGAUGAACUUUGCGAACUCGAGGCACAACUUCAAGUCUUAGAAGAUCUACUGUCAGACCCAGCGGCAGAAGAUAUUCACAAUGGCUCAUUCCGAGAAGAAACCUCAGAAGCGCGACUAGCGCUUAUACGGGAGAUCGAUCGGAAGCUACGAUCAUUCAACGAACUAGUCUUGCAAUACUCUGAGCUUCGCGCACGGCCCAGAGUCGCUCGAAAGGACAUCAACAGCGUGUCGAAUUGGUUCCACAACCACAAGAAUGCUAUACACCCAGACGAGGCGGCCUACAUUAACUCACGUCAUGAUCUUUUCUCCGUGGUAUCAAGAAACAAAACACCAUUACGGCGGCUUUUGGAGGUAUCCCCUCGUUUUCGACUUGCGCGCUUAUGGCGAAAGCCUUCCUCUUUGGAUCUUGGCUUUUUAUCCUUCACAACUGUCGCAAAACCCUUCGAAACUUUAGGGGCAACUGCCGCGUAUGCCGCUGUACUAGUGGUGUUUUUACAGGUUGCGACGUAA